GAGGGCUGGGCGUCGGGCAAAGGAUGCACCGUAGGAGCGCUGCAAAUGACAAGACCGGAGGGGGAAAGUGUGAAAGAUCCUGGCAACUCGCCAGCACUAUGAGGUCUGCACUGAGGGGCUAUCGAGGUUGCCGCAGCACCACAAAAGGGGACUUGCUUGCAACGAAGCUGUGAUUAUUAUUUUUUUGCCUUCUUCCCCCCGCAUCUCCUCCCUUAUCCCCUUCUUCUUCUUCUUCCCUGCGCCGGCUUCUCUGCCCGGGAACAGCCAUCCUUUUUUUUUUUUUUUUGCCUUCUUCCUUCUGCCUCUUCGGAAGCCACCGCAUCCCACGCCUGGCUCGGUGUGGUGGCUGAGAUUUCUUCCUGGAAAGAGGCUGAGCACCCCACCCCCUUUCCCCAGCUUUCUGGCGUUUGGACUCUUCCGCUGGCAAGGGGGGGCUGCUUGGAAGAUGCUCCCCUUCAGGCCUUCGGCAGCUGAGUUGCAGAGAAGGGGAUAAGGAAGGUUUGGGAGAGAUGCUCCGGCUCCUGCAGCAUUCCUCUGGAGCUGCCCUUUGUGCAUGGACAGAGCAGGGGAGGCAUUAGGGUUCCAGCUGGCGGCUGGCAUCCGCUGCCAUCCAGAGGGGGUGGCAACCACCCAGCCGGCGGCAGCAGCAGCAGCAGCAGCAACAGCAAGAGGAGAAACGUCUGGCAGAUGCUGGCUAACGGUGUGGGCACUGCCGCCGUCCGUUCCCCCAGGCACUCAUGAGCAGAGGAGCAACCCUGCAGCGAAGGACGACCUACCUGAUCUCCCUGACCCUUGUGAAGCUCGAGUCCGUUCAGCAGCUCCAGCAAGGGGAACAGCAGCAGCAGCAGCAGCAUCAUCCGCCACCGCCAGAAGAUGAGAAGGCAAGGGCUGAGGAUGGGGCUUCUCAGCCGGAGGGCAGAGCAGGCAGCCUCCCCUCCAGCCCUAUGGCUUUUCCAUCAGUUGCCGAACCCUCCGGGUUAAAGAGCCACAAGGAAGCUGAGGAGACGGCCAAGAUCAAGAGGCAAGAGCGCAUCUUCCACCGGCAGGAUGCGCUCUGGAUUAGCACCAGCAGCGCCAGCACUCCCGACUACCUACUGCAGUUGUCGCCAGGCUGCCCUGAGACGCCUGGCCCAUCCCCAUCCCCCGAUGGCACUGGGCGAGCUGGAUCUCUCUGGACCCCACCUAGCAGCAGCAGCAGCCAAGACAGCCCUUGGGAUCCAAACCUCGGAUUAACAGCAGCUGCCCCCAAGGCUAGGGCCACCAUCAGCUUGGAUGCACCAGCCAUGAUGCCAAGGUCUGAGGUGCUGGGAACUUCAGUGGCUCCAGUUGUGCCCCCCAAGCCUGACCCACUGGUGCUCCCUGUUGCACCAGCUGUGCCCCCCAAACCCGAUAUGGCGUUGACCUCCAAAUCUCAGCCAGCUGUCCCCUUUAUUGCUCCGCCCCUGGCUCCUAAACCUGAGCCUGUGGUGCCCUUCCAGCGUGAGGCAUCUCUGCCAUGCAUAGCCCCAGGUCUGCCGCCCAAACCCGAACCAGCAAUUCCCUCUAUAGCCCCCAUCAUCCCUCCCAAACCAGAACCACCCGUGGGCAUUAUCUUUUCAUCUGCUCCUCCCAAACCACCUGUGAUAGUCGGCCCUUCAGUCUCCUCCACUGUCCUUUCUAAGCCUGAAGGUACUUUUGUCCCAUCAGCUCCUGCUGUAGCUCCAAAGCCCAAAGCCAUUUUGGUUCCAGUCCUGCCCAGUGUGCCACCGAAACCAGAAGUGGCUCUGAUCCCCUCCAAGGCUGGGUUGAAGGAAACCUUGGAGAUCCCUGGAGAUGAGUUGCCAAUCCCUCCUCCAACCACUGCCAGCUGCUCCUCCAGUGCCGCUGCACCUGGACGCCGGAUGUUGGUCAGCCACGCUAGCUGGGGUGGCCCUGAGCCUGGGACCAUGGAAAUGACGGUGAGCCGUGUGGGUGUUUCUUCCUUCUCUCACUCGGGAGCCUCCUCUCCUCACCCGGCUGCUGGAAAUCGCCGCCUCCGCUUGGCCACAAAUAAGCCUUUCAAAACAGUGACCACCACAGGGGCUAAGGUGGGUACAGAGCCAAAGGCCAGCAAGGGGAGCCACAAAGGGGGUACCCCAAAUCGCCUGUCGUGGCCGGAGAGUGAAGUCAAGGGCCGCAUGAAGGUGGCAGUCAAAGGGAGCGGGGAGACUGUCCCCCGAGGAGGAUCCAGGGCGAAACUGUCGCCUCACAAAAACAAAAGCAAGACUCUGGACAACAGUGACCUCAACCAUGGCCCAGUCAGCUUAGCCUCAUCUGGUUCUUGCUCCUCAGAGGCCGCAGUAGGGCUGAAGAGAGGCCGGGAGGGUGGAAGGGCCUCCACUCGUGACCGAAAAAUGCUCAAGUUCAUCAGUGGCAUCUUCACCAAGAGUCCGGCUUCCACUCCCACUCAUCCUGGGCCUGGCUGGAGUCUGAGCCAUAAAGAGCUGCUUAGUGCUGAGCUGGCCAAGGGAGAAUUACCCAAGGCUGUGGCAAAUAGCCAAGAAUGGACUCUUAGCCGCUCUAUCCCUGAGCUACGCUUGGGCGUCCUUGGGACCAUCAAGAGUGGCAAAUCAGCCCUGGUUCACCGCUACUUGACUGGAUCCUACUUGGGCCUUGAACCUGCAGAAGGGGGCCAAUUCAAGAAAGAGGUCGUGGUGGAUGGGCAGAGCCAUCUUUUGCUAAUUCGAGAGGAAGCUGGGCCACCAGAUGCUAAGUUCGCCAAUUGGGCAGAUGCCGUCAUCUUUGUCUUCAGUCUCGAGAACGAGGCCAGUUUCCAAGAGCUGACUCAGUUCUACGGGCUCCUCACCAACUACCGUGCUGUUUCCGACAUGGCUCUUGCCCUGGUGGGCACUCAGGACAAAAUCAGUGCCAGCAAUCCACGUGUGAUUGAAGAUUCCCGAGCCCGGGCUUUAUGUACAGAAAUGCGGCGUUGCCUCUACUAUGAAACCUGUGCCACUUAUGGACUGAAUGUUGAUCGGGUCUUCAGUGAAGUUGCCCAGAAGAUUGUGAACAUGAAGAAGCAACAGCAGCUGCUUGCAUCCUGCAAAUCUUUGCCCAGCACACCCAGCCAUUCAGCAGUUUCUACACCGGCGAGUAAUGGUGGCCAUACAAGUGACUACUCUUCAUCCCUUCCUUCCACACCCAAUAUCAGUCAUCGGGAGCUGCGCAGUGAGGCUUCAGCUAUAAUUGGCACACCCAGCUCCCUGCAACGUGGGACCAAACGCCGGACCAGUCUGUUCACUAAUCGCAGAGGGAGUGAUACAGAGAAGCGGAGCCUGGAUAGCCGAGGUGACAACACGGGCAGUGGGAGAGCUAUACCCAUCAAACAGAGCUUCUUGCUGAAACGAAGUGGGAAUUCUCUGAACAAGGAGUGGAAGAAAAAGUAUGUCACUCUGUCCAGUAAUGGUCUUCUCUUCUAUCACCCCAGCAUUAAUGAUUAUAUCCAUGGAACCCAUGGGAAAGAAAUGGAUCUCCUUCGCACCACUGUAAAAGUACCGGGCAAACGCCCACCCAGAGCCAUCUCUGCCUGUGGCGCCUCCUCAAGUAUCAACGGCCUGGUGAAAGACAUGAGCAGCGUUGGAGUUGGGGACAGCAGUACUAGCCCUAGUCCGGGCCUGCUGAAUCCUCCAGUUGACCCAGCAGUCAAGCUCUUAGGCAAACCAGAGCGUUUGCAGCGCUCGGUAUCUUCUUCCAAAGCUGAAGUAUCCAUGGCUGCAGAAGGACUAUCCAGUCCUGGCAGCAGUGGCAAAGACCCUCCUCCGUCUCCUAUGAUUGACAGAAAGAAACACAGGCGGAAGAAGCUCACCACACCAUCCAAAACUGAGGGAUCAACAGGGCAGGCGGAGGGUAAGAGGCCUCUGCUCUCAGGCAUGAUUUGGAAAGUUGAAAAGAGUCCCUUUUUAACCACAGUUUGGGCUGUCAACUGGGCAUGUUAG